CCUUUGGGGAGCCGUGCCCGGCGCCCCCGCGUCCCCAGGAGGGUGUCCGGGCCCGGGGCGUCGGGUCCCGCGGCCACCGGCGUUAGGACCCGAUCGCUCUUGUAUUUCCAGUCCCUCCUCCCUCGGGCGGCGUAGUAAACCGGAUCGAUUUGGGAUUAGGGCACGUUCUCCGUUGGUUGUAAACUUUCGUGGGAGUAAAACCUUGGCAGUUUAGCUUAAGAUUGAAGCGUAGCACGUCCUCGGGAUGUGAGAGUGCCCUGUUCCGCGGUCCGAGGCCAGCAUCCAGAAUGAGCAUCAAACAGGCUCGUGGGCAGUCUUAGGCAUCAGGCUGGUGACAUGUAAAACUCCUGGAUCUCGUUUUUGAAGAGGGCUAAGCAUCCGCCUGGUUAUCUCCACUACGCUACAUGUUUGCCGAGCGAUUAAAAAGGCUGGAGCACUGGAUUUGCUAAAGGAGCUUAAGAAUAUUCCUAUGACCCUGGAAUUACUGCAGUCCACAAGAAUCGGAAUGUCAGUGAAUGCUAUUCGCAAGCAGAGUACAGAUGAAGAAGUUACAUCUUUGGCAAAGUCUCUCAUCAAAUCCUGGAAAAAGUUAUUAGAUGGGCCAUCAACUGAGAAAGACCUUGACGAAAAGAAAAAAGAACCUGCAAUUACAUCGCAGAACAGCCCUGAAGCAAGAGAAGAAAGUACCUCCAGCGGCAAUGUGAGCAACAGAAAGGAUGAGAGAAAUGCUCGAGAUACUUACGUGUCAUCCUUUCCUCGGGCACCCAGCACUUCUGAUUCUGUGCGGUUGAAGUGUAGGGAGAUGCUUGCUGCAGCUCUUCGAACAGGAGGUGAGCCCAAUGACUACAUUGCAAUUGGAGCUGAUGAGGAAGAAUUAGGAUCUCAAAUUGAAGAAGCUAUAUAUCAAGAAAUAAGGAAUACAGACAUGAAAUACAAAAAUAGAGUACGAAGUAGGAUAUCAAAUCUUAAAGAUGCAAAGAAUCCAAAUUUAAGGAAAAACGUCCUCUGUGGGAAUAUUCCUCCUGACUUAUUUGCUAGAAUGACAGCAGAGGAAAUGGCUAGUGAUGAGCUGAAAGAGAUGCGGAAAAACUUGACCAAAGAAGCCAUCAGAGAGCAUCAGAUGGCCAAGACUGGUGGGACCCAGACUGACUUGUUCACAUGUGGCAAAUGUAAAAAGAAGAAUUGCACUUACACACAGGUGCAAACCCGUAGUGCUGAUGAACCAAUGACAACAUUCGUUGUCUGUAAUGAAUGUGGAAAUCGAUGGAAGUUCUGUUGAGUUGGAAGAAUUGGCAAAAUAUCUGGACCAUUAAGAAAACAGAUUUUGUAAUUAGCUUUAAACUAGGCCAAGCAACUAGUUUUCCUGCAAAUCAGAUUUUUAAAGCAACAUACAUCCCUUGGGUUAGAUUUGGUUUUGACCUAACACGUCUUCCUUAAAUGCCUUCUCAGUUUCAGAUCUAUAAGGAGACUAUAUAAUAAUUGUAUGGUAUCUGUUUUAAAACAUAUUUUUCCAUGUUUAUAAGUAACUUGAUAUUAAACUUUUAUCAAUUAAACUUCUGGCAAUAUUUUUUCUUUUUCUUUUCUUUUCUUUUUUUUUUUUUAAGACAAAGUUUUGCUCUUGUUGCUCAGGCUGCAGUGCAAUGGCACGAUAUUGGCUCACUGCAACCUCUGCCUCCUGGGUUCAAGCGAUUCUCCUGCCUCAGCCUCCUGAGUAGCUGGGAUUACAGGCCUGCACCACCAUGCCCAGCUGAUUUUUGUAUUUUUAGUAGAAAUGGGUUUCACCAUGUUGGUCAGGCUGGUCUCGAACUCUUGACCUCAGGUGAUCCACCUGCCUCGGCCUCCCAAAGUAUUGGGAUUAUAGGCAUGAGCCACCCCACCCAGCCAAUGUUUUUUCUUUCUUAAAGCAAAAUAUACCUUAACAUUUCUUUUUUUUACAGUGUGAAACAUACACAGUAGAAAUUCUGUUAUUAAUACAUGAAUGAAAAUACAUUUUCUUCCGUAUUGGCUUGUAACUACAAAUAUUAAAAGAGGAGAAAAGUUAAUAUAAUUUUAGGUUUACCAAAUAUGGUGUGUAUUCAAAUAAUACUUGACCAGCUUAUCUAAAGUGUACAUAAUAUUUGAGCUAGCUUAUGAGUUUGAUUUUAAUUAUGUUUGCAAGCUUCGAAUAUUAGAUAUUAUUUUUCAUCUGUAACCCUUAUCAUUUCUUGUACACGUUAUAUUACUUGUUCUUAAUAGAUUUUACUUUUGGGAACAAGACUUUGUUGAGAUCAGUUUGGUUUUGCAGUUAAUUUACCUGUUUGACUUUAUAAUGUGUUUUAGUUUUGCAGAAGAAUACUGUUGUAGUUUAGAAGGCUUUUCAUAAAUCCCCUCACAGGUGAAGAUGAAAAUUUCCCACUAUUUUUUUCCCCCGUAGGAAGACAUACUGGAAAGAAAAUGUUUAGCAUCUUAGUAUGGUGUAGCUGUUGUAAACAGUUCAUGAUUCGAUUUUGAUUCAGAAAUCUAUACUGACCAAGGAUUAAUCUUAAGGAUUGUGUAAAUCAUUAAUUCUGUGGUCUUUUCAUGUGGAGAUUGAUAGAAAAUAUUUUUGUCUUAAGUCUUAUUUGCUGACUUUUUCUGUCAAUGAGUGAGAUUAUUGAACAAACUGAACAUAUGGGCUAUUGCAAGGAGCUUUACAGUACAGAUGUUACAAUUAAGUUCUUCUUCUUGUUAAAGUGUGUACCAUUUUUUUCUGUUUGGAGUAAGACAAACAGUUUUUACGUAGGUUCCUUAGGGUACACUUGCUCUAGCACUGUUUAAAGGCCACUGUUGCAAAGUCUGCAUUUUAUGCUGAUUCAUUCUGCCAGGCAACCGUAGAAAGACCUCCGUACAUGCUUUGCACUCUCCUUUGCUCCCUUUUUCCAGUCUCUUAUUUUGUUGUAAUACAGAAAGCAGCAUUUUAAAAUGUCCAUGUUAAGGAUUGGGCCACCGGUACCAACCCACCUCUAUGUUGUCAGUUCAUAGUUGAAGAUUUUGUUUUAUCAUUUCAAAACUAAAGUACAUUUUUGAAAGAAUGAGUUUCAGAAUAAAAUAAUCUCACUUUUAAAUUAAGUAAUCUAUUUUAAAAUUUGUAAUUCAAUAAAGUUUUUUUUUGUUGUUAAACAUA